AUGUUUCCCACGCGCAAUCUGCUAGGCCGCUCGGUCUGGAAAGGCCCGAACAUUGUCCCACUCCCUCUUCCUCGAAAACUCCCUCCUCCUCCUAAUACACCACCAAUUCGGACGCAGAAGCGUGCUGCCACUAUUCUUCCUAAUUUCGUCGGCUUGCGCUUCGCCGUACAUAACGGCAAGACAUAUCAGGAGAUUCAGAUCACAGAGGAGAUGGUCGGCCGGAAGCUUGGUGAAUAUGUUGCGUAUGUGUGCCCUGUUCCCGCUCUUUUGAUCCCUGCGCGGGGAUUACAGUCCGGAGGGAACUCGCUCCACGGAUGGACUCGAGAAUGUCUCAUGUGGAAAAAAAGAUACCGGCGAUGGAGCAUUAUUGACCAUGUCACUGACGAGGCACAUUCGCGAUUUAGUACCCGCAAGCGUUUCACCUACAAGCAGUCCAAGAACAAAUAG